AUGAGAGCUCUGGUUCGCCGCCUCGCCGCCGCCGCCGCUCUCCCUCUCUCCCCGCGGCGGUGCAAGACGACUUCUGCGCAGUACGUCGCCGCAAGGGCGAUGGACGCCACCUUCGAGAAGCUGAUGGACGGCUACAAGAACCUUCUCAAGGUCACCGCCGUCCAGGACCUCGUCCUCGCCUCCCCCAGCGGCGCUCUCCCCCUCUCCUUCCUCUCCUCCGCCGCCCAGAAGCUGCAUCUCAACCGCGGCGCCCCCUACUUCGUCCGUCGGUACCCUCACAUUUUCUCCGUCUCCGGCGACGCCGCUACCGAGCAGAUCGUCCGCCUCACGGAGGCCGCGGCGGAGAUCUCCCGCCAGGAGUCCCUCGCCGCCGCUGACGCCGCCGCCCUCGCCGUAGAGAGACUGGUACGGCUGCUGUCCAUGUCUCCCUCGAGGACGGUCCCUCUCCGUGCCGUCUUCAAGGUCUGGAGGGAGCUGGGGCUCCCCGAUGAUUUCGAGGAUUCCGUCAUCUCCCGGAACCCUAGGGUUUUCUCCCUCCGGGACAAUCCGCGGGAACCGAACACGCAUCUUCUGCAACUCGUCGGCGAGGUCCCCACCCUCACUCCGGCAGUGGAGCGGUGGAGGAAUCAGGAGCUGGCGAAGAAGGUGAAGAAAACCGAAGAGGAGGACGAGGAAAUCAGGUACGCAUUCAAGCAGGAGUUUCCCCCCGGGAUGAAGCUGCAGAAGAACUUCCGAGCGGCGGUGAAGGAGUGGCAGCGGCUGCCGUACCCGGGGCCGUACGACGGCGGCGGUGUCGCCGCGGGAGGAGGAGGGAGGACGAAGGCGGCGCUGAGGCGGCUGGAGAAGCGGGCGGUGGGGAUCGCCCACGAGUUUCUGGACCUGACGGUGGAGAAGAUGGUGGAGGUGGAGAAGAUGAGCCAGUUCAGGAAGUGGCUCGCCAUCGAGCUCAACAUCAGGGACCUCUUCCUCGACCAUCCGGGGAUCUUCUACCUCUCGACCAAGGGGAAGAAGCACACCGUCUUCCUCAGGGAGGCCUACGACCGGGGCCGCUUGGUCAACCCCAAUCCACUCUACGACGCGAGGAGGAACCUCCUCCACCUGGUGCUCCUGGGGAAGAGAGGCUCCGCCGAUUCCGCCGGCGAGGUUGGCGGCGCCGCCGCCGCCGCCGAGAGGGAAUAA